AUGAUGAGUGAGAAGGCUACGGCCAAUGAGGCCGUCAUGAGGACCUCGACGGGGGAGCCCGAGCCGUUAGAUAUCAUCCAUGAUACUGAGGCCGAGAAACGGCUUCUUCGCAAAUGUGAUCUCCACGUUGUGCCGGUUCUUACUUUCUUAUUCUUGCUUGCGUUCCUCGACCGAAUCAAUAUUGGCAAUGCUCGACUGCAGGGUCUAGAGAAGGAUCUUCACAUGAGCGGGCGGGACUACAACAUUGCUCUGUUGAUAUUCUUCGUACCAUAUAUUCUCUGCGAACUUCCCAGCAAUUUGAUACUGAAGAAAGUGGCACCUUCAACCUGGCUAAGCGGUAUAAUUGCAGCAUGGGGAGUGGUUACUAUUUGCCAGGGUGUCACUACAAACCUUGCAGGUUUGGUAGUAUGUCGAUUCCUCUUGGGAGUGUUCGAGGCUGGAUUCUUCCCAGGAUGUGUCUAUCUCAUCUCCAUGUACUAUAGGAGACAUGAGCUCCAGAAACGGGUCAACUUUUUCUUCUCGGCAAGUAUCAUUGCUGGUGCCUUCAGUGGACUACUCGCGUAUGGAAUUGCCCGUCUAGAUGGGACAGCAGGCUAUAGCGGGUGGCGCUGGAUCUUCAUCAUCGAAGGACUCGCAACCGUCGUCUUUGCCGUUAUGUCAAAGUUCUUCAUCGUUGACUGGCCUGAGACGGCCAAAUUUUUGAACGACCAAGAGCGGAAGAUGCUCCUUGCUCGCUUGGCCCUCGAUAACAAUGGUGCACAGAUGAACCGCCUUGACCGACCAGCCUUGAAACGCUGUCUGUUUGAUAUCAAGAUAUAUCUUGGGAUGGUCAUGUACUUUGGGGCAGUGACCUCUGGAUAUGCCACUGCUUUCUUCACUCCUACCAUCCUCCACCAAUUCGGCUGGCCACCGCUCAAAGCUCAAGUAAUGAGUAUCCCAAUCUUUGUUGUUUCGACCGUCAUCACUCUUGCCCUGGCUUGGGUUUCCGACGCUAUACGCCACCGCUUUGGUUUCACUAUCUUGGGUUGCUCUGUAGCAACCGUCGGCUACGUCAUCCUCAUCUGCCAGCAACACGUUCCCAUCGGGGCUCGCUACUUUGCCGUCUUUGCAAUUACCAUCGGCACUUUUAUCACACAGCCCAUCUGCGUGACAUGGCUCAGCAACUGCAUGGCAGGACACUACAAACGCUCAUUUUCUACCUCCUUCCAAGUUGCGUUUGGUAACUUUGGAGGCAUACUUGCGAGCAAUAUCUUUUUGGACUCUGAGAAGCCCCUAUAUCCGACUGGCUUCGGUACAACUCUAGGAGCAUUUUGGCUAUGUGGAAUAGCCUGUAUAGUACUCCUUUUCGUUCUUAUUCGGGAGAAUCGAAUUCGUGAUGCGGGGGGCCGAGAUUAUCGAUUUCAGUUACCAGAGGAAGAACUCACUAAUCUCGGUGACGACCAUCCCUCAUUCAGGUUCUCCUACUGA